AUGAACAGCUCGGAGUUUUUGGACUCUGUUACAACUGAGUCAACUGGAAACGAAGAGGUUAGCGCCGAAAAGGAUGAAGAUGUAUUUAAUCAAGAACUUCAGGCACUUGAAAACGCCGACGAUAAAGAAGAUGAAGACGUUCAUGAGGUUUUCAGGACAGCUGCAGAAGGUAUCGGAAACAACGAGGUCCACGCGAAUAAAGAAAGCAAUGAAAAGUCGUCUGGUUCUGCGAUGGUACAUGUCGCGAAAACGUUACAACUCGCGAGUUCAUGGCUCAACAAAACUCGUGCCAAAAGAACCGAAAACACGCCGCGCGUAGAUUCAUUCCUCGAAAAGCUAGAAAUGGCCGGUCCCUCGCAUGUGACACGAAACAGCAGGAAGCUGGAUUCCUCAGCCUCCUCGAUUGUGAUAGAUCCUUCAGGAUCUUUACAUUACUGUUGGUUGAUAAUUGUAACGAUAUCUGUACUGUACAACUGGAUUUUCAUCAUCGCGCGCACAGCGUUUUUAGACCUUCAGAUUAACACUUUAUCACUCUGGCUCACUUUGGAUUACCUCUCAGAUAUCAUCUACAUCGUGGAUAUGGUGAUACAAUUCAAAACAGGCUUUAUGGAACGAGGACUUCUUGUUCGAGAUCCGAAGCAACUCCAUCGAAAUUACACGAAGAAAAUAAUUUUUAAAUUAGACUGCUUGUCAAUUAUACCUCUGGACCUGUUCUACCUCGAGGUUGGAAUCAACUCGGUUGCUCUGAGAUUCAAUCGUCUUCUGCGUCUGCAUCGCCUGUUAGAAUUAAGGGCCACGAUCGAGACCAUUUCAAGAUUCCCAAAUUUUCUUCGUCUGUGCUCCUUAAUUGCUAUGGUUUUGUUGAUCUUUCACUGGAACGCUUGUUUUUACUUCUUGUUGUCAAAAUGGAUUGGAUUUGGAUCGGACACCUGGGUUUACCCGGACUUAACCUCACCGGGAUUCGAUUCUCUAACCCGACAGUAUUUGUUUAGCUUGUACUGGUCAUCGAGAAUGCUCACAACGGGUGAGACGGAAAACCCACCCCAGACUGACGUAGAACUUUUCUUUGUGACGGUCGAUUUAACGGUUGGAUUCUUGGUGUUUGCUGCAAUAGUUGGGCAGUUUGGAAGCAUGAUAACACACAUGCUACAUGUGCGAAGAGAAUUCUUAGCACAAGCCGAUGCUGUGAAACAGUACUUAGUUUUUCACGAGAUUGACGACGAUUUGCAAAAGAGGGUUGUUUCGUGGUUUAAUUACAUGUGGGGAACAAAAAAGUCCUCUUUGGACCGCGAUAAUGUUCUCAGUAAACUGCCUCAUCCGCUUAGAACUGAAAUAGCAGUACAGGUUCACUUGGAAACUUUAAAAAGAGUACAAGUCUUUGCUGAUGUAGAGCCUGGUCUGUUGAAAGAGAUCGUUUUGAAACUUCGCUCGCAAGUUUACUCCCCUGGUGAUUUCAUCUGCAGAAAGGGUGAGCCAGGAAAAGAGAUGUACUUAGUGAGCAGUGGCCGACUGCAAGUUGUACAGGACGAUCAAGAAACUGUGAUCGCUACACUGAAUGAAGGUAGCUAUUUUGGUGAAAUAAGCAUCCUAAAUUUAUCGAACACUGGAAAUCGUCGAACCGCAAACGUUCGCUCCGAAGGAUAUUCAGAACUUCUAUGCUUGUCAAAAGAAGAUCUGCUCGAGGCUCUGACGGAAUAUCCCGAGGCUAGAAAGUUGCUUGAGAUCCGAGGAAGAAGGCUUCUUCGGAGAUCGCGAUAG